AUGCAGGGUGCCGCAAACACGUGCAUGGUUUCAUCGUCCCGUUCCCGUGGAGGGGAGGGGCGAAAUUUGAAGUUCGCGAUCCUCAAAUUUCCCAUCCGACCCGACCCCUCCAAAAUACUCCCCACAUGCAACACUAACACUGCUAGUAUACAAACUCCAACCCAGCCCAACCUCACGAUUUUCCCAAACAUCGAUCCCAGAGAACCCUCUCCUCCCAAUCCCCACCGCAAAGACCCGGAUGGCCCAAGCCUACCACCAAUGCCCUCCAAACGCGUCCAAGUCGAGCUCGACGACGGGUGGAGCGUUAUAACCCACAAAUCGCCGAGUCCAAGCCCCAACUCGCACAGCCACAAGUCCCCAAGCUCUAGAGCUGGGACAGCGCGCCGCAAGGACCCCUCGCAUCCGCAACCCCGCCGAAACGACGCAGAUAUAGCCACCGCAUUCGCGCAACUGCGCCUCGGGGCAAUCACCCCGCGGGAGUACAACGAUAGCGUCAUGGCGCGGACCCUACCAAACGGGCCGGGCACCUUCAACACCCAGCGCGUCGUCGAGGGCCUGGCCGUCGCAAACCUCGCCGCGGAGUUCGCGAAGCUGCAGCGCGUGUGGCGGGCGUGCGAAUGCCGCGCCGCGCUGCUGAAACUCCUAGCCAACGCACGCGGAGAGGGCGAAGGGGACGGGGAUGCGGGGUGGGGCAUCACAUCCGCGGUGGCCUUCGGGACGGGGAGCUUCAGCUUAGACUGGGAGAACAGGGCCAGGGCGCUGUGGCAGCUGGUGCUGUUUGUGGAUGUGGUGGAGCUGGUUAAGAAGACGGGGGAGACUAAGCUGUUUGCGCAAGACCCCCUCUACACCCCCCUCGACCACCACUUCCUCGAAACGCUCGGCAUCGCCGUCAAGUCCUCAACCGCGAAAUCUCACCUCACGCGCGGCUCGUUCCUCUAUGUUCCGUUUGUGGAUUGGCGGAUUCUGAAUCUUGUUAUUCUCCCCGGCACCGAUCCAAGGUUGUAUAUUGGG